CCGCCCUUGUCGCUUGAGUGUGGUGAUAGUGUCCGAGGUUUGCGGACGCUUGUGCGUCGCUCACGGACGUCGGCGUCUUGCCUUUACUUUUUGCGAAUACCCGACGACCACCGCCAACCACCAGAUCCCCAACUCGAUGACAUCCGAACGCCAGAAGUGCGGCCUUAGCUCCCUGUUCCCGAUGUCUUGCAGAGGAAGGGCGGAGGCCUUCGCCCGCAGGCUGCAUUCCAGGUUGCGAUCCUUGGGCUCGCACGAAGAAAACGGCAGUGCGGACGAGAGCAGCUGGUUAGCCGCUCACGAGAACUCCAUCGCUCUCUCCCAACCCCGUCACUCGUCCGACGGCGAUCUAUACCUGGACUUCGGCCUGUUGGAAUCGCCCGGAAGCCCGGAGGAAGAGCUGAACGAGUCAGAACUCCACAGGCUGAUCAACAAGGACCACCUGAAGCAGUCUCGCAGCGAAGAAUGCCACUGUCCCAAACUUAAGGAAAAGAAAGAAAAACUAUCGACAAAUUUGAGGUCAGCGUCGAACGACAGCGACAGCGAUGGCCCCUUCUACGACACCUCGGAAAACGACAACGAACAUCGAACAGCAAACGGUAUAAAUGGCGACACAAACUCCGAGUCCAGCAAAAGUCUGGAUAGUGAGACAGGAAUCUGUGUCAGCUCGGAAGACACCAAUAGCAAAGAGGAGGAAUCGUACGCCACGACUUCAGACUGCACGCCGCAGCCUUGUUCGUCGUUAAGCGAAGACGUUUCCACGUUAAGCCUUAAAGACAGCGAUUGUCCGUCCUUGGAGGCCAGCGAAUCGUUCACGGAGUUCCCUAAGAGUGACAGUGAAGUUACUGGAGCGGAUUAUUCUAAAUGCAACGAAGUCAGUGAAGAGAAUGGCGGGAAUCACAUUGGCGAAGCGAAUGAGGUUCUAUGCUUAGUUGAGGAAACAGAGACAUACAUUAGUUGCUUAAGCGUUGACAAAGACUUAAUUGUAGAAUGUCCUCGUACGGUAGAGACGGCGUCUCAAACCCAAAUCCUCGACGCCCAAGUGGCCAAAGAAGAAGAUGACGAUUCCGAAGAGGAGGAAAGGAUACCUCGCGUCCGAAGGUGUUCCUCGCUAAAAUCAGGCAAAACCCCUCCCGACACACCGGGUAGGAAGAAAAUCGUGAGGUUCGCCGACGCCCUGGGCUUAGAUCUGGCGGACGUGAGAACGUUUCUAGACGAAAUUCCUAAAGUGCCAAAUUCAGCGUACGAGGAUCUUAAAGAUGUGGACUUGGGCGAGGCCUCCUCAGUGCCCAACAUGAUGAACAGUAUGACCCACGGCGUCAAAGCGGAGAAAAUACUCAUGCCGCUGUUUCAGCAGCCCGUCGGCCAACCCAACUUCCUGGACCUGGUCAGAGAUAACCAGGUCUGUCUCGAGAAUGCCUUCGUGGAAGACCCGCUGAUGUUGUCCAUCAAGGGGACGGUUCGAGUGAGGAACCUAGACUUCCACAAGUCCGUCUACAUACGGUACACUCUGGACUCGUGGAAGACCUUCGCCGACGUUCAGGCCGUCUACGUGGAGAACUCCUGUGACGGAUUCUCCGAUAAGUUUACUUUUCUCAUUUACGCGCACACCUUAUCGGUGGGACAGCGCAUAGAAUUCGCCUGCCGGUUCCAGUGCAAGGGCUGCCAGUAUUGGGACAGCAAUAAGGGGGCUAAUUAUUGUUUUCAGUGUCUUCCCGCGUCGCACAACGCUCCAGCCACUCCAAUCACCGGCGUCGAUGAGUGGGGGGCCAGUUUUUAUUACAAGGAAGACGCGACCGCUGUGGAAAAAUACGAUCCCGUCGAUCUUGAACUCGACCUGACCACCACGGCCGUCCAGGAUUACAUUUUAAACACGUUAGCAACCAAAGAGCGCGCUCCGCGCGGGAAUAAAAUCGACGUACUCACAGUUUUCGUAAUCUUAGUAUUCUCAAUUCUGUUCAUGUAUUUACAAAAGUCGAUAUAUUUCACGAAGUAGUAUUUUUACAGACCCUUUUACUAGGUUUAUGUUUUUUUUUGUAUAGAUGGUGAUAUAAUGUUAUUAUGUUGUUGAUACAUUUUAUCUAUACUUGUAUGUUUAGUUGUGUACAUAAACAAAGUUUCCGUCUACAGAACUGCGGAAAUACAACGUAGGCUUACGUAUGAAGCGCACGGACCUGCAUUGUCUUGGAACGUCGAUAAAAUUGUAGUUUGUGCCAACCAAACACCAGAACCAAUCGCUAAAAUCGUUGUUGCAUGAAACAACAAGUCUUGCAAACGCAAAAUUGACCCAGCCGUAGCAUCUAACGGUUAUUUUUGGCGAAUUUCAUCAUCUAAUGUCAGCUUGUCCACAUAAACUACGUUGGUUCUUUAAAAUAAAAUGGCACUUAAACAGAAGAGGAAAAUUAAACUUGGCUUGUGGUUUGUGGUUGUGCAAUGCAGGGCUGUGUGGAACCAGAAUAAUGUGUCACUGAAAUUCAACCGAAUUAAUGCCGUUUAUAAAAUCUCCCAUGAAUCGUCUUGAAUCAGUUUAACCAAGGAUUUGCAAGAAACAACGACUAAGCGAAACUGCCCGAUAAAAUUCCAAAGGGUCCUCGAGAUAUGACCGAUUGAUUUACGACAGACAGAAAAUUUUACCGAACUUCUGAAUCCUGUAACGGUAAUAUAAACAGUGAGAUUAAUAUAAACACGUCUACUUGCCUAUACUUAGAUUACCCGAUCGAUGACUGGCAUUUUGGCAGCUUUCCUACAUACCUGCUGCUUGGUAAGCAACGUAGAAGUAGGCGAAUGAGAGAUAUUCUAAAAGAGACACCGUUAAACCUUUCAAAUAUCCAUGUAUUUAUUUAUUUUUGUAGAUCUUCUAUGCGCUUGAAAGUAACCGGAAGUUGACAAAUCUCAGUAGAUUUUCAAAAUAGAUGCUCUAAGCGAAAAAAAAAUUGAUAACUCUCAGUAUAAAGAACAAUAAAUUGUUGAAUCUUACAGAUCUAUAGUUUAAUAUUUUGAGCUCAUACAUCAGUACAAGUCGUUAUAGGAUUCGUGUAGUUUCUAUCUCAUCAAUGCAAAUAUUUUUGUAACAAUUUUACUGUUUAUGGCGGUUUUUCGGUACCAAAAGUUUUACUAACCCUGCUGAUGUGAUGAUGUCGAAAUAUUUUUUUAGUGUACAGGUAUAUUCUUGUUGAAGCAAUAAAAUCUAAACUUAACGUAUGACUUCUGUCGUAUACAAUGUGGCCCGUGAAGAACCAAAUAAACAGUAGUCUUUUAGAACCAGUGAGAUUAUUCUCUAGCAAUUUCUUAGAAGCUAAUUUUCGAAAAAUCGCUAUGAAUUUUUUAAAUCUGGCUACGAAGUGUUAAUCGGCAUCAAUUUAAAAAUAUAGGCAGCACUGGAACUGUGAAGAUAAAAAAAUUAGCCAAUAUAAUAGCCAAAUUAGGUAAUGGUAAACUUGGUUGACACUUCCAUUUAAUAGACAAACCUCUAUAUCUUGUUAUAAGAACAUCUACACUCUAGAAAGAUAGGACAGUCCGCCAACAUUUGUAUUUAUUCCAAAAAUUCUUAUUUGCCUAGUUGUGUUUUUAAAUCAGUGUGCUUAAAUCAGUCGAAAGUUAAUUUUAUGCCCUUACGAAGAUAUUGAAAUACUAAUCUAUUAUGUAAACCAGAUAGACCAUAAUCCGUUGUUCUUUGGAACGUCUAAAGUGCAUUUUUCAAACCAAAAGGCAUUCUGAGAAAUUCGCAACCGGUUGCAAUAUAUUAACCUCGUCUAAUUUUAUCCAAAUCCUCAUUUAUGUUGUAUAACGGUGCUAUGUAUCAGAUUUUCAAUAAAAAAACCUAGAGUAAUUUUCGGAAAAUCACUUGUAAAAAAUGCCAUCACUAUAGUUGUCUCAAAAAGUUGAUCUACAAGGCUGCAAUGUACAAAAAGAGUUAGAACAGUCUCGGUUCUUCAAAGGCCACACUGUAGGGACAAAAUAUCAAACGAAUAUGUAAUAAUAAGUAGAAAAGUACGUUUUUAGCCUGGAAUACCAAAAAUGUUUACUAUGCUAUUCUAUAUAUUUAAAUUGGUAGUUUAAAAAUUCGAUCUGAUCCUGUAAUUGAUAUCGUUUGUGGUAAUUGUGCAAUCUCUGUGUUAUUAUAUACCGAUUAGUCAAUUUGAGUAAAUUAAAAAUUAGCUGUAAGUCCUUAUCAACUCAGUUGACAUACGAUCACGUCCUUCCUAUUAAUAUCAAUUGUAACUUCACUUUAUUGAUAUAUUUAGACGUAAUACUUGUGCCAUAUGUAUAUUUGUAUUGGCGGACCGCUUACGGCAGCUGCGUUUAUUAAUAUUUGUUACACAGGGCGUCGUUGAAGCGGAGCUACAGGUUUUGACUGAAGAUCGAAAGCAGAACCAAGAAAGGUAAAAUGCUUUUGGGAAGGCUAGUCUCAAAAUAUUUUAUAAUAUGGAUUCCACUACCCUUAAAAACUGUCUAAGAUAAACAAAACGCGUUGCUUUAUCUUACACUUUUUUUAUUAAAAAAAAUCAACAUCUUUCAGUGAAUCUCCUUUGAGAAAUGUCCCAAAAAAACUUUUUAACCACAUUGGAAGCGAUUAAAGCUUUGCAACUCCAUUUCAAUGAAUCCCUAAUUCGAGGUCCACCUGUACGAAAAAAGCUUCACUGUCUGUUAUUUUGUGCAACUGGACUAAAAUUUGUAUUAAGUUGACGCUACCGAAACGUAGGAAUGAUUUUUGUUUUACUUAUCUAGUAGAUCCUAUCCUAAGGACAUAACUGUAAUAUAGAGUAUAUUUAUAGAGCUAAAUUUUAUUAUAUCUCGAUGUUUUUUAGACAGAAGGCAAUUUAUCAACAGAAGAGGCAAACUUAUCUAAUGAAAUGAAUAAGACUGAAAUUAUGAUGGUUAUAAAGGUGUUGUAUUUUUCAGUACCUGUAUUUGGAGAAAUAAUUUGUAUAAACGUGUAAAAUAUAUCUUUUUUCAAA